ACCAUGUCUACAUCGUACUACCAGUACCCGACUGGCUCAUUGCCGGUCAACGUACCAGGCAAAUCACCACUGCAGCCCUUCUCCAGAAGCCACAACCGCCAUUCGUCAGCAUACAGCCAACUCUCAGCUUCACCGCCAGAACGACCAGAAAGUGUCUCUUCGACAGGCGCAGGACUGUACUCAUCCGCGUCCAGCGCGUACGGAGGCAGCGACUAUGAAUCGUCAAGCGGUGCGACCAGCGUCGAUUUGCUGGACUACAUGAACGAUCGCCUCUCGCAAGCAUAUAAUCCAAUCCCGCUGGAUAAAAAUCUGGCAAGGCAGGCGCAAAUGUCUGGCGAGCUCAAUGCGAAGAAUCGCGAGCUCAUGGCUUUGCAAGCACAAGCGAGAGCACGCCUGGCGAAGACCAGAGCGAAUUUUGCGGAAGGCAUGAAAGCGGCCAAAGACGUUCAACGAGAUCUCGAAUGGACGCAAAAGAAAGUCUCCGCCUUGAAUCGUCGCGCUGCAGAAAAAUACCCAGACCAGUAUCGAGCUGCAAGCGACCGAUAUCCGGCACCGGUCGACUACUGA